GUUGCGAUCCUCGGCAGUGUGUAGGCUGGCUCCCCCGCGACCAGGCCGGCGUUCAGGGACCCCCCCUCUAGCAUCCCGAAGACCUUGAAGGGCCUGAAGCACGCCAUGUGGCCCCGCGCGUUCGGAGGGUGAAGAGUGAGGGGCUUCAUCACCAGCCCACACAACCCUGCGUCGAACCGGGGUGGGGGGGUCUCGCUUUGUGUGAGGUGCGGACAGUCCCAGUGGCAAUGGAGCCUUCGCAAAAUGGGAUUGAAAAUGAGGAGGACUGCCAAGGUGCCGACGAGGAAGAGGAGGUUGACCCAAGAAUCAAGGGAGAGCUGGAGAAGUUAAACCAGUCCACAGAUGACAUCAACCGCUGGGAGAGUGAGCUGGAGGAAUUCCGCCAGCGCUUCCGCGCCGUGCUCGUGGAAGCCACCGUCAAGCUGGACGAGCAGGUGAAAAAGAUUGGACGGGCGGUCGACGACUCCAAACCUUAUUGGGAGGCCCGCAAAGUGGCCAGACAGGCCCAGGUGGAAGCCCAGAAGGCCACCCAGGAGUUCCAGCGGGCGGUGGAGAUCCUGCGGGCCGCCAAGGAGACCAUCGCCCUGGCCGAGGAGCGGCUGCUCGAGGAGGACAGCCGCCAGUUUGACUCGGCCUGGCAGGAAAUGCUCAACCAUGCCACACAGAGGGUAAUGGAGGCCGAGCAGAGCCGAACACGCAGCGAGGCCGAGCACAAAUCGACUGCUGCCAACUACACGUCCUGCGUCGGCCACAUGAAGCAACUGGAGAAGAAGCUCAAACGCUCCAUCACCAAAUCAAAGCCGUAUUUCGAACUGAAAGCAAAGUAUUAUCUCCAGCUUGAGCAACUGAAGCGUCAGGUGGACGAGCGGCAGGCCAAGCUGCUGGUGGCGAAAGCCGAGUACCGCGCCGCCCUUCGCAGCCUGGAGAACAUCUCAGAGGAAAUCCAUGCCCAGCGCCGCUCCGUCGGAACUCGAGGACGGGGUGUCGGCGCCGAGCUCGACGCCGAGGACGGCGAGGACUUCGCCGUGGAUUGCCACGGCCUGUCAAUGGUGUCGUUGUGCAUCGACGACGACUCGGAGGAAGACGCUCAAUCCGCACCAUUCAGUCCGUCCGCCUCCGCCACCCUCGACGUGCCCUCGCCUCCAUCCCCGACCUCCUUGCUGCACAUCCCCUCCUCCCCCUCCUCCCCAUCCUCGUCUUCCUCCUCCUUCCCCGGUGCCCUGGAGGUAAGCGGCCCGUUCUGCUCUCACGACUCAGACUCGCCGUGUGGUUCUGCCCACGGCUCGCCUCUGCUGGGCCCUCGGAGCCAGUGCAGCGGAGCCUCCUCUCCGGACUGUGACCAGGAGAGAGGAGACCGAGCAGAAGGCGCUGAGGCCGCUUUGGAAGGCAACGCCAGCAGUCUUAACUUGACCAUUGCGCACACCCAAGCGGACACCGACGUGGAUGAUAAAAAAGAGAAAGAAUGUGUGAGCAAUGAGCUCCCCUCACCGUCAAACAUUGCCAUACUAAACAGCGCCUAACCAGGACGACUCCAACCUCCAUGAAAGGUGCCAUAAACAUCCGUGUCGCCAUUUGAAUCCGUAGUGAUGUGCAGUGAUGAAAUCAACACUAGUCUGCCAAAGUCGGUGCUCAUCUGAGGGCCACAUCUCCCAUGAUCCACCUUCCUUCAAGACAGCUCAUCUUGGAAGCCAUCUUUGUGUUGUUCUACAAUCACGUCAUGUUCAAGACUGCAAUAAAAUAUGUAAAUAGUCUCAAAAUGACACAAUCAACCAAAAGAAAGGUGAGCAUGAGUCCUCUUUAAAUGUGAUUGUAUUUUUUGUAAUAUUCAAAUAGCCCCCUGUAGUGCAGAUUGCCCUAUAUUUAUACUCUUCUAUUCUUACAUGAUUUAGUGUUGUUCGUGUUUAUCGCAAAAUAACAAGCAAUAAACGUGUGCUUCAGAUGA